UAAUUUUUAUAUCCCAAAAAUCAUAGUUCCUUGUACAUGCCCACCCAGACGUGGCAGCGUUAGCCAUAAAUUCCGGAACACAUAGCCUAAGGACACAGAUGUCUCCUGACUCAAGGUUUCCAAGCAGUUGCUCGAGGUGCCAGGCAUAGAUCACAGAUCGAGAUUAGCAAGGUUGGGCAAGGCCACCACAGGGGGUAUUUUUCAUCCCCAGUUCCUCAUAGGCCAAUCCUCUGUGGCUUAGGUUGCCCCUCCCUUGAGGGGUCUUACCCAUCAUUGACUAACCUGCCAUCUUAUGGGGCUAAGCAGCAAUCAAAAGAACAAUGUGCUUAUUGUGUAGCCUCCAGUCUCCACUUAUCAUGGCGCUGGGCAGCUCUUGCCUCAAUGCAGAAACUCAGGCUUAUUGUUAUGCCCCUACCAGCUCAGUGUAUGCUAGACAUCAUGUUCAGGGUUUUAUGCACGCCUUCCAAUUGAAUCCCUGCAGCAUUCUGUUAGGGAGGUAUCAUUAUUCCCAGAGAGAGGAAACUAAGGCUCAGAGAAGUUAAAAUCUGUCCACAUGGGUUCCAAAUCGCAGAGACAGGAGUGAAGCCCAGGUGUGCAUGACCCCUGAGCCUGUGUUCUUGGUCACUUUCUGUGUGAUGCCACCACCCCAACAGCACCCCUUUAUUGUAUACAGUCUGGACUUGGUACCUGCCCCUCAAUGGGUCAUUUCAUAUGCUUCUAGAAUCAAGUUGUUACUAUGUAUAUAAAGCAUCUUCCCAACUUCAUGAAGAUUCAUUGAGGGAAGAAAUGAUAUCUUGUACUUCUUUUCUCUUCUGGGACCACGUAGAGACUUACACAUGGUGAUUAGAUGCUGGUUCGUUCAUUGGGGGGAGAGGAAAGGCUGCAGUGGUUGGGUUCACAUAAUAUGGAGAAGGAAGUAAAAUGUACUGAACACCAGAUGCCAUACUUUAAAGCCAUCAUUUUAGCUAAUCCUAUUUUAAUGCUUUGUGAUAGGUACUGUUAUCCUUGGUAGAGACAGUUUCUUUGUUUCUGGGACUUGUAAAAAUUGAGUAACUCACAUACUUCCACACACUGUGUGAGAGGUAGAACAAAGAUUCUCACACAUUCCAUUUCCCUGUUAUACCCAUUCCAGCCACACAUAAUUGGCUUUCUGAUUCCAAAGCCAGAACACAGUUCAAUCUGGUUCCAAAUGGCAGCCCUUUAGAACAUCCACUAUUUUUCUUGAGAAGAGGUUCUGAGAAAUUUAAGGUCACUAACCAGAUCUAACAGAGGUGGAAUUGCCACGUUUCAAAAGGGUAAGAAUAAUCUUUGGCCUCACACCAGUGAAGGGGGAGGAGGAAAGGUGGUGGCCCAUGUACAGAAAUCUGGAUCCAGAAUUGAUAUAAAGACAGAGGAGCCGCUGCUAGAGAAAGACUCACCCCUGGCAACUGAAGAGGAGACAGUGCCAUCCCCUAUCAAGAUGAAGCUGCUGUUGCUGAGUCUGGGCCUGGCCCUAGUUUGUAGCCACGCACAGGAAACGGGUGAUCCUGUGACAAGCAACUUUGAUCUGUCAAAGAUUUCAGGAGACUGGUAUUCCAUUUACUUGGCCUCUGAUCAUAAGGAAAAGAUUGAAGAGAAUGGCAGCAUGAGGGUUUUCGUGGAACGCAUCCAUGCCCUGAAGAACGCUUCUCUCUACUUUAAAUUCCAUACAAUCGUAAAUGGAGAGUGCAGUGAAAUUCCUUUGGUUUGUGACUCAACAGGAAACGAUGGUGAAUGUAGUGUUGAAUAUGAUGGGCACACUGUAGCUCACAUCCUUGAAACUGACUAUACUGACUACCUUGUUUAUCAUGUCGAGAAUUCCAACAAUGAGGGAAAAUCCCAAAUUAUGGAGCUCUAUGGCCGAGAACCAGAUGUGAGCACAGAACUCAAGGAAAAGUUUGUGGAAUAUUGUAGAGAUCAUGGAAUUGUUAUGGAAAACAUAAUUGACUUGACCAGAAUUAAUCGCUGUCUCCAGGCCCGAGACAAUGCACUGGUCUAAGCCUCCAGGUUGGUGAUCUCUGACCCUGGUGGAGAGUGGUGGCCCAGGGACCAGCAUCUUCCAAAAGCAUUAGGGGUUCAUAACCAAAUAUUACCAUAAACGAAGUUUGUGCAGAGAGCUUGAAAUUUGGAGUUGAAAGACAUGGAUUGAGGACCCAGUUCUGCCAUGAGCUGUUGGGAAAAUAACCUAAGCAAUUAAAAAGGAAGCAAUGAUGUUGCCUAACAGA